CCUAGCGAGGGAGAGGGCUGCCAUGAGCCCCAGGCCGCAGCUGCAAGCUCCCAGCCCCGCGUGAGCCCGGCCCCGCAGCCCGGAGCCCGGGGCAGGACGGCCGCGGGGAGCCGCCGCUCGCAGAGCCGCUGGCAGCCAGGGAUGAGUUAAAAGCCUCGCCUGACUUUGCCUCUUGGAAAGCUUUAGGUUGCAGCCCUGCCUUCCAAGCAUUCUUCAGCCCAGAAAUGUGGGAGGGACUCCAGGAGAGGGGGGAGAGAGAGAUGGCUAUCAACUGAAUUCAUUACUGUAAACAUCUCCCUGGGGUGUCAGGCAGGCAGGAGAGAGAGCGGGGGGGAAAAGGCACGACUCACAUUCCCGGGGAAUAGUCAGAUCCGAGGCAUCGCUACAGCGCGGAGCAGCCCGCGCCGCCGGAGCCACGGAGAGCUCGGCCCGGGGGGUCCGGAGACUUCUCGGGGUCCCUCCUGUCUCCUCCUCCGGCUCCAGGGAAAGCUGCCGGGCGCGAUCCAGCUCCUUCUUCUCUGAACCGGGGGAGGGAGGGCAGAGAAGCGAGGAGAGAAAGUGCGUCGGGGAUGCCAGAGCCCUGGGCAGCGCGUUGGAGGAGGAGGUGGAGGAGCAAGGGGGAGGAUGAUGCCGCUGCCUCGUAGGGGAGGACGGAGAGAGGAGCAGAAGGGAUCGCUCCGGAGAGGCAGCACAGGCAAGCGCCAGCCUGCGGGGAAGCGGACCUGCAGGGCGGGCUGGGGCUCCGGCAGCUCCCCGCCUGCACCGCAUUGGAUACUGCAAAGGGCGACAGCCCCCGCCAGCCCCGCGGACAAGCAGCAGCAGCAGCAGCAGCAGCAGCGCCCGCCGCAAAAGUUUUGGUGCGUGGGGCAAAAGGCGCAGAGGGGGAUUAUGAUCGGUGCCGGACGAGGACUCCCAGAGCCUGCCAGGCUUCUUAGAUCCUGCACCAGGCUGAAAUGAAGACCUUGUAGACUGAAGAAAGCUGAGUGCACCACGCCUUCACUGCAGAGAAAGGAAGUAUUGGCCUACCCUACCAACUUAUAUGCAGACAGCUUUUGGUAGCUUUACAUAUACUAUUGCUACCCUGCAAAGGCACAGCUCUUGCUUCUUUCAACACACAUGGAGGAAGGCAGCAAAAUAUGUAACCCUGGCUAAUAAGACUGUGGCUUUCCUAUGAAAAGCAGGAGGUAGGCCAAUUAUAAAAGGAUUAUUUUACAUUUAGCUUCAAAGACUUUACCUCUUGCCGGAACACUGGACACAAAUAGAAACCAAUUUCAACAACCUACAUUUUUCCUACCUGUGCUUUAGCAUUGUUGUUAUUUCUCCAUCUUUGGAAAUUUGUUUCUUUUAAGUUAGAAAUGGGCCCAUGGACUAGAAUGUGGCCCACAGAUUGGGCUGUUUUCCUGAAAUCAUGGCUCAUAUUUUCCUUGGGGCUCUACAUGCAGGUUUCCAAAACUCUGGCCUGUCCAAAAGUGUGCCGCUGUGACCGAAACUUUGUCUAUUGUAAUGAACGAAGCUUGACCUCAGUGCCUCUUGGGAUACCGGAGGGUGUAACCGUACUCUACCUCCACAAUAACCAAAUUAAUAAUGCUGGAUUCCCUGCAGAGUUGCAUAAUGUCCAGUCUGUGCACACGGUCUACCUAUAUGGCAACCAAUUGGAUGAAUUUCCCAUGAAUCUGCCCAAGAAUGUCAGGGUUCUCCACCUGCAGGAAAACAACAUUCAGACUAUUUCUCGGGCUGCCCUGGCUCAGCUCUUGAAGUUGGAAGAGCUGCAUCUGGAUGACAACUCCAUCUCUACUGUAGGUGUUGAGGAUGGGGCAUUUCGUGAAGCUAUCAGCCUCAAGCUUCUGUUUUUGUCCAAGAAUCAUUUAAGCAGUGUACCAGUAGGCCUUCCAGUGGACUUACAAGAACUACGAGUUGAUGAAAACAGAAUUGCCGUUAUUUCAGACUUGGCUUUCCAGAAUCUUACAAGCUUGGAACGUCUGAUUGUGGAUGGCAAUCUCCUUACCAAUAAAGGCAUUGCUGAGGGCACCUUCAGCCACCUAUCGAAUCUCAAGGAAUUCUCAAUAGUACGGAAUUCACUAACUUACCCUCCCCCUGAUCUUCCAGGUACACAUCUGCUGAGGCUCUACCUGCAGGACAACCAGAUAAACCACAUACCACUUACAGCCUUUUCAAACCUUCACAAGUUGGAGCGGCUUGAUAUUUCUAACAAUUAUCUCCGGAUGCUAGUGAGAGGGGUCUUUGAUAACCUCCACAACCUGAAGCAACUUACUGUGAGGAAUAAUCCCUGGUUAUGUGACUGCAGUAUUAAAUGGGUCACUGAGUGGCUCAAAUUUAUUCCCUCAUCCAUCAAUGUCCGGGGCUUUAUGUGCCAGGGACCAGAACAGGUCCGAGGUAUGGCAGUCAGGGAGCUCAAUAUGAAUAUGUUGUCAUGCCCAACCACCACUCCUGGUCUGCCACUUGUCACCCCAGCUCCUGGUAUAACCUUGCCAACCACACUGGGUCCUACUUCAUCAGUUCCAACCCUGAGUAGCAAAUACACCCCUCUCACACCGGCCACUUCCACGCUCCCCACUGUGCCUACCAGGGAGGACAAAGAAAGGGUGACACCUCCCAUUUCUGAACGGAUUCAACUCUUCAUUCAUUUUGUGAAUGACACUUGUAUUCAAGUUAACUGGAUGUCCUUUUUUACUGUCAUGUCCUACAAACUCACAUGGGUUAAAAUGGGCCACAGUCCAGUAGGGGGCAUUGUUCAGGAACAGAAAGUUAGUGGUGAGAAACAACACUUAAGCCUGGUAAAUCUGGAGCCCAAAUCCACUUAUCGGAUUUGUUUGGUUCCACUGUAUGCUUAUAAUAAUUACUGGGCUGGAGAAGACACUGUCUGUUCAGAAGCCACAACCAAGGGUUCUUAUUUAAACAAUGGCAGCAACACAGCCUCCAGCCAUGAGCAGACAACUUCUCAAAACAUGGGCUCCCCAUUUCUGCUGGCAGGGUUGAUUGGGGGGGCAGUGAUAUUUGUCCUUGUGGUCUUGCUCAGCAUCUUUUGUUGGCAUAUGCACAAAAAGGGACGCUACACCUCUCAGAAGUGGAAAUAUAACCGGGGCCGGCGGAAAGAUGAUUACUGCGAGGCGGGGACCAAGAAGGACAACUCCAUCCUGGAGAUGACGGAAACCAGCUUCCAGAUUGUCUCCUUAAAUAACGAUCAACUCCUUAAAGGAGAUUUCAGACUGCAGCCCAUUUAUACCCCAAAUGGGGGCAUUAACUACACAGACUGCCACAUCCCCAACAACAUGAGAUACUGCAACAGCAACGUCUCAGAAUUGGAGCACUGUCAUACGUGAUAGUGAGGGGAGAUGAGGCAUGUAGAACUGUGACUAAAAACUCUGGAAAAAAAAUAAACCCACACACAAACACAAAAAUUACAUUUGAUAAAUGUUACACAGAUGCAUUUGUGCAUUUGAAUACUCUGUAAUUUAUACGGUGUACUAUAUAAUGGGAUUUAAAAAAAGUGCUAUCUUUUCUAUUUCAAGUUAAUUGCAAAUGGUUUUGUAACUUUUUGCUUUUUAAAUCUUUAAAAAUAUAUUGCUGAAGUACUGUACAGGGUUGUACAAUAAGAACCCAAUGCCAUGGCAAAGGAAAGAAUGACUCAUUCUUCAAACAUUAACCACUUUGCUGUCGAAGCUGUUUAAGGAAUGUGGGUUCCUAGGUAGUCUUGUAGUAAAGGAUAUAAGUGCAUAUUAAAAUAGGGUUGUUAGGGAUUGGCCAAGACAGUUCAGAUAAUAUGAGUAUAACGCUUCAGACCCAAACUCAUAAUGGAUUUCUGAUGUGCAUGCAAGUUGGAAUAGCUCUGUUCCCCAUCUGGCACUUAAACCUGACUCUGUAUUUCAUGGUUUCAACAAGUUUUUUUUGUUUGUUUGUUUGUUUUUGUUUUGUUUUGUUUUCCUAAAGUACUGUUUUUAUAGGGUUUUCCCUGUCAUUUCUGAAAAUGGAAAAAUGCAAACCCACAGCAGAAAAUCUGAGUGCCCACUAUUCAUAUUAGCAAGAAUUCCUCUGAAAAGAUCCCCAAAAUAUCACAUAGAUUUGCAUUCAUCCAACUGAAAUACGACAUGUGUGGCCAAGUUCAAUGGAAGAUGAGAAUACUUAGUGCUUAUCAGGUUGCCAUGAUACUUAUCAGGUAUCAGGUCACUUUAUCUUGUAAGAGAACAAAUUUGCUCACCUGUCAUGUUCGAAUAAAGCCUGAACUUCUGACAUGCUAAUCCUUGCCUCUAUUGAAAACCAAUGUCCAAAUUCUUUAGGAUUUGUUGUGCUUUGAAACAGCUGAUCCAAAAUCCAUUUAUCUCAAUUAAAAGUCUCCUGGUUUUGAGGGACUUUGGAUCAGGUCCAGGUUGGUUUAAUGACUGGAAAUAAGUUCAGUGUACAGAAAUAAGAGGAAAUAAUAUAGUAACUGAGAAAGAUCAUUCCUCAGACAUGCUAUGAACUGAAUUCAGUUUGGGGGGUAGGGAACAAUUCAAAGUCACAUUUUUUUAGGUGCAUAUACUUGAGCACUAAUUAAGCCUUUGAUUUGUUAAGGAAUUUGAAUGGAAACAAAUCUUCCCCAUGUGUUUCAUUCCCUCUUCUUUUAUCCAGAGCCCUUUUGGAUUAUUUCCAAAAUAAGUAGUACUUGGGCCUAGAUUUUGCUCUUUUCUUCUCUCAGUUUAUCACUUGGAAUCACUUCUGCAUCUCUAAACUUUACACAUAUUCCAUAGACCAUCAUGCUACAUUAAAAACACGAUAUUGCUCUGAAAGUUACAUUGCAUUCCAGCAGCUCCAUUGACUUCUCUGUGUGCCAAGAGCUUUGGAUCUCUUGCCAGUUCAAUGGUGGGAUUUGAUUCUCCAAGGUUUUUUUUUUUUUUUUUGGUUGUUUUUUUCCACUUUGGUUCACUUUUUCUCCUGAGCCUAUGGGACAAGCAAAAGUUCAUAACACAGAGGAAGAAGACUAGACAAAUAUAAUAAGGCUCCAUGAAAAAAAACCCCCAUGUAGGCUAGUUCUUCAAAGCUUGUCUGAGAGGGAAGGUAAUCAAAGAGAAAGCUUGCUACAGUGACCACACAAGGGACCAAUGGAAAUUGCUAUUAAAUGUGGGCUUGUAAUUUAAACUUGGAAAACUUAGGGUUACACUAAGUUGGCUGCUGAUGUUAGGAGAGAAGUCUGUAAUCCUUUCCUUUGUGCAUUUCAUCAUACCCACCAUCCCUGAGCCGAAGGAGUCUUUGAGUGUACAGUUUCAAAAAUGGUAUGAAAACAUUUCUAUUCUGCAAUGAAGAGAUGAAUCAGAUGCUUGAUGAUAGACAGCAUAGUACAAUCAUUAUAUAAGGAUCUACAUCUUCCCUUCCAGCCCCUUUUAUAAUCACCUUUUGGAAUUCCAAUCUAUAUUCUGUAUAUUUGCUAUUUUCUCCAGCUAUAACAGGUAUUUUAGGCAACCUGUGUGGCUACUGUAAUAGUAAAGUCACUAAAAUUUUGCUAAAUAAAAGGCUGCCAUAUGAUUUCAAAUUGUGUAAUUUUAGGUAGAAAUGUCUAUGCAAAGUGUUUUUGCUAUUGUGUGACCCAUUUGCUGAAGAGAACUGAGAGAAGGUUGGUAUUUUUGAUCUGUGUGUUUAAUAUGUUGUAGCUGGCAAGGCCCCACAAGAUAAUCAGUGAGACAUGCACGCAUGUGCCCACACCUGUGGCAUGCUAUAUACAUAAGAGUUUGUUUAGAUAGAGUCAGUGAAUUCAUUCUGGGCAUGGAUGUAGUAUUUAAUUUCACUACAACAGCUAGCUGUACAUUCGAUUUGCAAAGCUAUCUCAUGUAUUUGACUGUGGCUCCCAACCUCUAGUACAGCAACCAGUACUGAUACUUUAUGAUUUGAUGACUGACAUCAUAAAAGCCAUCACCCUACCUUAAUGACAAUCAUCUGUGCUAGGCUUCAAGACAUCAUAGGUACUAGAUUUAGGUGAGCAAGUCAUACCAAAUGACCUAUUUAGUAAACUUAUCCCUUCUAUUUGUGAAUAAUCUACAAAAAGAAUUUAAAUACUAUACAUAUUCUUCCUAUAUAAAUAUGACUAUCCAUGUAAAUAUGAUUCAAUCCAGGAGUGAACUGUUCAAUUUGGCUAUGUCUAGACUAUUUACUAUUUGAGGCAUAGGAAUAGGUCACCUAAGUCUUAAGCCAUUUCUUAUGCUGUAUGAGUGGAUUAUAGAACCACUUACAAAUAGAGGGAAGGAAAGCAGACUUCAAACAUGGCAAUGCCUGCACCUUUGGUAAAAAUACAUAUUGGCAUGGAAUGUUCUUUGAACUAAUUUUCUCUGAUUGUCCUUGUGGAAAAGAAGACAAAUACAUAUUGAAAAGAGGUGAAAACACUGUCUACACCAGUGAUUCUCAACCAGGGUUUCAAAGAUGAUCCUUUUAAGGGGGAUCUGGGGUGCCAUGCAAUAUUAACACCAUUAGGUGAGCAAACAUCCACACAAGAUCCAGAGAUUUCCUUAAUAGUGUCAAACAUUCUGACCUUUUAUGGUCUUUGUGAGUUCUUUGCUACAGAAGAAUUGCUGUAUUAUUUUUCCAGGAUCAAAAAAAUGAGUGAAAGCUUAGAGCUUCUUUUUUUUUGUUUUUUUGUUUUUUUAGGGAGGCAGGGAGAGAAGAAAAAAGGGGUGCUUAAGUCUAUAAAAGUUGAAAACCACUGGUCUAUACAAUUCAUAGUUUUGUUCACACAAGUAUUCAGACAGUGUUUUGAAAGUAUAUUAUCCAGCUCUGCUAGCCACCUCCUAACCAAUUUAAUGAACUUUAACCUACAAAAGAAUUUGAGUUGUUUCAAACAAGCUGCCAUGAUCACUCAAACAGUUUAAGCUUAAUUUCUGCAUGUAUCUGAAUGAGCAGGAAUGGAAACUAGCUGAAGUCUGAGUCUUAUAAAACAUCUAAAAAGAGCCUAUGCUAAAAAAAAAUGUUGACAAAGAUACUUUUGUUAUUAGAAGUUUAAUAUUAACUUGGUAUGACUAGUUUUCAUCUAAUGCAGAAUAUACUAAAAAAGCCUACAGUAGAACUGCAUAGCAUGGAGUAGUCCUAGUGUAAACUCUGGAAACAGAAAAUUAGCUAGCACACACUAAGGAGAAGUAUCAUAAGUCUCCACAUAAAAUUCAUCUAGAGACUCUGAAAAUGUAUACAUGAAUCUCCUGAUUUCCACAAAUCAGGAUUUUACAUGAGCAUUGAAAUCUGUUUGCUCCUGACUUGCAUGCUGCUGAAAAUAUGACCCAUUGUACCUGAUCCUAUUCCACCUAGUAGGUACCUACAUUGACUUAGAUACAUAAGUGAGAUCCUAUUAUCCUAUUCCACCCUUCUCAAGUCCCUGAAAAAAAACAAACCUACUUUUGUGACAUAUCCCCCUCUCAGCUUGAGGACUAUGUGAUGAAAGGCAAAGAGUUGGAGGAAGAUCCUUUUUAUAACUGUUUUUCAGUAUGUCAGACAGGGUAGAAUAGGUUCAUAUCUGACUGCACAAGUCCACUAAGGUGCUGAUUAAGUGGAAUAGGUUUUAGCCAUAAUUUAUAAUAUACCCUAAAGCAACAUCAGUGGUGCUUCAUCUCCAGCCUGGGGGUUGAAUCCAGCACACAGACCUAUGUCAUCUAGCUCACACAUCCUGAAGUUUGGUGGUGACAGAGCUGUGGGCAGUGUUAAUUAAGCUGUGACAAUAAACGUUGUAACUGCUUCUUUGCCACCAAAUUUCUAGUCCUCUGGAAAGCCCUGUGGGCUGAAUGACAUGGCCCCAUGCUCUGGAUUCAGUGUGCAGGCCAGGCCAGUGUGUAUAGACCCACAGGCUAACCCCAUGUACCAACCCUAUACUAGAUCUGGCCUGAAAGCUGACCCUGGCCAUGGGCUCUGGCGCUGCACCAAUCAGCCAUGCCACAUAGCUGAAAGGCUGCACAACACUGCCUUACAUUAAUGUAUGGAAGAAAUUGCCCUGGGGAAUUAAAAAAAAGGGGCUAAGAGGCUAAAAUAAAUGUAAUAUCUUGAAAACAUGACAAAAUAUGCCAUUUUUACUCUUUUUGUUUCCUGAAGAAUUGUUUCUUUUGCAAACUGGUUCCGAUAUUCCCUGUGUAACAAAGAUCCGUGGCAUGUUGUAGCCUAUUAGCAGAAACAAACACCUGGUACGCACGUCUGUAUGUUAUAGGGCUUGCAUUGAAGAGGAUUUUAGCAGAUUCCUUUGCAGGGAUAUUUGAUUUUUUUUCCCCUUUGGUUGAAAAUCUAUUAGGAGUUUUUCCCAUUGGCUAGUAAAGAAAAAAAGCUAAUCUGAUAUAAAAUAUGGCAAUGAAGUAGCUCAAGAUAUAUUUCCAUUUCCUACUGGAAUAGCUCAUUAUUUUUCCCCCAGUCAUUUUCUCUCUUCUUUUGAGUGAGAACAUUUCUCCCUCUGGGGAAAGAAUUAUUUGUAAUACUGAAAAUAAGGAAACCUGAUUUACAGUAUGUUGUAUGUGUACUUUAUCAGUGACAUUAAAUAGCAGGUUCAAUUUAGGCUUUUGACAGUGAAGUGGUUAAUUUCCAUUGCAUCCUUUGUUUAUAGCAUUUCUUUGCUCUAACUUACAACAAAGAAACAUUAAAGUUUUACUUUAGAAUAUGAGAAGAGUAGUUUUACUCAUGACUUAUCUUUCCAGCUACAUGGAAAAGCAAAACAGAAGCAAGUGCCAAAAACUAAAGUAACUAGCAUUGGGUUCUGUCUGAUCCUCUUUUUACACAAAGAAUAAUUCUAGAAAAAUGAAGCUCACAUCUUCCCAAGGAGAGGUUAGUUUUGAUCCCAGGGGAUGCUAGGGGAUACCUGUAAAACAUUUAUUGGUGACAUUUUUGCACAAACAUGGUACUCUCUGCUCCUCAGUAAGACAGUUCUUUUAGUUAGCACAGCAAAUUAGCACAAAGGGAAUGAAAAAAGUAUGACUAUAUCGGGGAUUCUAGGGAAACAUUCCCUUUGGAGUUAAAUUCUGAUCCUUUCAGAAAGAGACAAGGCACUGAAUAAAUUACUACCGCUAUUGGGUCCCAAAUAUAGUGGCACCAAGUAUAUUAACUGAAAAAUAAUAAUCAUAAAACUGUUUUUAAAUGAAACAUGCAAAUUUGGUUCUGCUUUGUACUUGGUAUAUUUUAUCUGUAACAUGGGCAUGCAAGUGGUUUGAAGCCUGCAUCAUCCAUCUUCUGCGACCUGCCAUGUUACACACAUUGUUAACUUCAAAACCUCACUCUACGCUAUACAGUACCUUGUGGACGUAUUCAGUAAAAACGUCUUUAAAAAUCAAAUCCUUCUGUGUUUAUAUGAGCAAUUUAAUUAACAUGCAGACAUGAAUUUCUGAUUCAGAAAGGGGAAAUAGGAAUGGGAGAAGAGGGAAGGGGAAGGGAAGGGAUCCUAGCUUCUAAAUUCUAAUUUUUGCAUAUUUUUAUGUGUUUUGCUGUGCAUCUGCUCUCUCUUCAUAUUCUAAUAGACCAACUUCUUCAUUUUAUUUUUUUGUGUUCAAAACAGUUUUGCCCUAUGAGAAAUAUUUGUUGGCCUCAUUAACUGAAAGAUAAUCUUAGGUCUCAUCUUGAUGUGCAAAGAAGGAAAUUACUGCAUCACAAGACCGGAGUGUAAACAGUAUUUAAAUACAGGCAUGUGAAAGUAGCCACACACACACACACAUAUCGUAUAUGCAUUCAGGGGUGAUAUCCAGUUGAGGUGAAAAAUUAUAGAGCCAUGUAAUGGAUCAUACAUAUUUUACUUUGUCACCUACCAUUUACGCCUUAAUCUAUUGUCUGGGAAUGAGAUAUUUCUCCUUCUGUCUCCGAAAAUGUUGCAUUUUCUCAAAAUGCCACAAAAUUAUUCCUACCUUAGAUUCAGAACAGACAAAAUUCAGUCAUAGGCCUGUAAAAUCUUUUACAUAAGUAAUGACUAAAUAUAUAUGUCUACAAGAACUUUAUGCAUUGGAUAAAAGGCAUCCAACUUGCAGUGCUAUAUACAGCAUUAGUUGUAUGUCAAGCCUUAAAACUGCAUCCUUUUUAUGCUUAGAGAAUAAGUCAUUUUCAAGUGUUUGACAUUAUAUUGAUGAGUUUUUCUUUCUCUCUAAGCCCUCCAUAGUCAUCCUGCUUCAAAGAUAACUAACACACCCAUGUCCUUGCUUGCUUCACUAGAGCCUUUGAUUCCUCAGAAUUUAUUCUUAUACUUCCUUGCAAUCAACUUGCCUUCUUCUAUUUUCAACCCCCCACCCUCCCCCACCAAAACUCCUUGUUCCACCCCUGAAUGGACAACUCCCACCUCCUGUUCACCACAUGACAUCCUGAUUCCCCACCUCAGUGCCUGUUUACCCCCCUCAUUUCCCCCAACCCCUCUCCUAGCCUUCCACAUCGCAACUUACCUUAGAUUGGGUGGCUAUUUUUAACUCAAUCUAACCUAUCCCUAACCUCACUGAAUAUCAGUACACUGCCUUAGAGAAAACAUAUGGGUGAAAGUUUUUGACCAAAAAUUGAAACAAAACCAAGCACUGAACAUAUUUUCCGUUUUUUUUUUCUUUCAUAAUGGAAGUAGUUCUUGACUCUUCAAUCACCUAACUUUGGAAUUGGCCAAAAGUAUUGGUCUGAGCAACUAAUUUAAUCCUCACAUGCCUGGUUUUAAAAAUUAUAAAACUGCCUGGUAUAUUAUCCAAAUGUGUGUAUGCAUGUAUGAAUAUAAAGUUCCUAGUUUAUGAUCACCAGCUAGAGGAACCCAAAGAAAUGAGAAAUAAAGGGUGACAUUUGAAGAAGGAAGAUUUUCAAUGUUUUCUUAACAGAAGUUAGAGAACAGUUUUCUUAAAAGUCCAUUGAAAUGUAGCUAUUCUAUCUGUAAAUUCUUCCAAUACCAAAUUUGGAGAUUCAUUCAAUUAAAUUAUAAUAUAUGGAUUUUAAUUCUGCUUAAAGUAGAAUAGUAAGGGUGCAGACAAAAGUGACAAUUUUAGCCUGAUCUGGUCACAGAAAGCAGCCCAUACCUGUGACCAAACACAAGUACACAGCUGCAGACAGCUUUAACAAUGGCCGUUCGGGUGAAAAUCUGACCCUUCAUUGCAUGAUCUAUCAGAUAAAGACAUUAAAAAAUGUAGCAUCUUUUGUAACUUGUGUCUGUGGAGCUCCCAGCCUGUUGCUAUUUUCAGAAUGGGAAGAGGGAAAGGGAGCUGAAGGAGUUCAGUCUGCAUUUUUUUUAGCCCCCCUGCAGGGUGGGGUGGGUGUAUUGGAGCCCCCCUGAGGUGGGAGGGCUCCAGGUCACCCACCCCACCCUUCAAGACCAGCUGGGGAUCCCAAGAAUGAACUCCGUUCACUGCCUUUCCCCCCUCCCAAUCUGGAAACAGCGAGCACUGGCAGAGAGCUAUGGCAAUUGCUAUACAUGCCUGGCUGCAGUCUCCCAGCCAGCAGCUAGAUUCCCCUCCCCUGGAACCAACAGUGAACUUCUGCUUGGUCUGGGCUAAAGCUGUAACUCAGAAUGCUUUGCGGAAAGCCUUCUGAGGUUCAGCUUGGAUCUGCACUUCUGUCUGCACCCUGUAAUCAAACUUUUAAGACCGAGUAAUUCCAUAUGCCUCCAUCACACACACACACACACACACACACACAUACACAGAGAAAUAAAUAAAACAAUAUAAAAUUUGUAUAGAAAAGAACAAAAAGUUCACAAUGAGCCACAUGUUCAACUUUAAAGCUGAACACAUAAAGUGCAUAUACAAAUGAAAGCAUAUAGUAAAUACAGUUUUAUGCAUGCCUCCAAGUACAUAGUGUAUGUCUAUGCCUUCAGAACUUGGCCAAGCAUUCUCUAGUUGUACAGGUGCACACAUUUUCUGAAAAAAAUGGAAAUUCAUGUUGAAAGUUUGGUGUGCAUGGUAUACAAUCCAAAUUCUGUCUUUUUACACACACAAAAACUGAGUAACAUGUUUGAAACUUCUCACUGAGUGGAUGGAUAGAUGAACAAAUUAUAGCAAGUUAAAAGUAAAGAGGGAGUGGCACUUUUCAGUUUGAUAAUAAUAUCAUACCUCACUUCUGUUCUUCAGUAAAUGAAGGCAAAUUGCUUCUGGAUAUGAUAGAGUUAAGUUGUCACAAUUUUAGCUUCCAUUUACAGACCAGGCACAAAAAACAAUUACUGCAGAGCAACUGGCUCCCUCUUUUAACACAGUAUAGUUUGCUCAUUUCCACACCCUGAAUCAGAUUUGACUCUGUAUAUCAUGCAGUAUCUUCUUUCUCUGUGUAUAGGGGUUAUAUAUGUUUUAUUUUCACAAGGACUAUUAUGAUUAAUCAGUGAAAAGCAACAAUUCAGCUUAUCAAAUAUGAUCCUGUUGUAAUAAGUAUAAAGUGAUUUUGAGGACUAAACUGAGUACACAAUCUAGAUUGAAUCAAAUAUGUAUCAAAUAUCUAGAUCAAAUAUGUAUCUGUGUUUACAACUUUGAUAAGCUCUAUGAUAUAAUUAGAAUUUUCAACAAUGAAUAUUGGCUAAGGUAUCAAGUGAAAUAUGAAUCUGGUUGGAAAAGCACAAUUGCUGUAAAGAUUCCAUUAAAAAGGCAAAUUUUGUGUACAACUUAAGUAGAUCUGCAUCACCAAGUAAUAAGCCAAUGAUCACAAAAAAUGUGAUUGUGGAACAGCAACUGAGACAGAAGAAUAUUUCCAAAGAAAUGAAGAAAUCAUGUUUCCUAUGAAAUAAUGUGAUUUCAGUGAUUUUCAGGACCAAGAGUAUAUUUUGCCCCACAGAGAUGAAAUAUAGUCAUUGUAGGUAGAAAUGUUUCUUUCUAUUGAAUGUGCAAAUCAAAAGGUACACUCUAUAGUUAUGAAAUUGUGUGCACACACAUUUUGUAAGCAUAUAUAGUCAUUCAAGAUAGACCUACUUUGAUUAAAAAAUUUUCCCAACGUUU